CUCAACAACAACAACGACAUAUCACGACACGACCAGAUGCAACCGCUUUGGCCAGCGCAAAAAUGCCUUCAAGCGACAUACCCAAGCGCAAAGCCUCUGAUGCUCCUGUUUCUCCGCCGCCCCUCAAGCGCAAACUUCAGAGCGGCACAACCAAGACUGCUGUAGCGAACUUCUUUACACCAGCAUCGCAGAAACCCAAGGACCCUACUGUCUGGUCUGAGCGAAGUCCCAAUGACGAUACCCCUGCAACGCUCCUGGUCGGUCGAUUCGAUGGAGCCAAGGAAGAUAGAACAAUAAAGAGGAGGAAAAUUGCGGCUUUUGAUCUAGACUCGACACUCAUAUCCACAGCCUCAGGCAAGAAACAUGCAAGCAGCGGGACAGACUGGAAAUGGUGGGACAACUCGGUCCCCGCGAAACUUCGUGAGCUGUAUCAGGAUGGAUAUCGAGUCGUCAUCUUGUCGAACCAGGCAGGGUUAACGCUACACUUCGACCCCAAGUCCAAAGCACCAAAAGCCACUGCGCAGAAACGAGUUUCCGAAUUUAAACAGAAAUGCAGCGCCGUCCUCAAUAGUUUGAACCUUCCGACAUGCGUCUACGCGGCGACCGAGCAUGAUAUAUAUCGAAAACCGAGAACAGGCAUGUGGAAGGAGCUCUGCGACGACUACCACAUCUCGGAAUCCGAGAUCGAUCUGGGGAACAGCGUAUUCGUCGGCGAUGCAGGGGGUCGCACCGCAACGUUGGGGAAAGGCCCAGACGGCGUAGCGGCCGCAGCCAAAGACUUUAGCUGUUCAGACAGAAACUUUGCGCACAACGUCGGAAUACGGUAUCAGACGCCGGAGGAGUUCUUUCUCGGGCAGAAGCCUCGGAGUUUCGCUCGUGAAUUCGACUUGUCCGAGCAUCCCUUCGUCGACGAUGCUGAAUCGGGGAACUCCGUGGUCACCUUUGACAGGACUAACGACAAGGACAUCAUCUUGUUCUGUGGGCCACCCGGGGCUGGCAAGUCGACGUUUUACUGGAAAUCCCUCAAGCCUCUGGGGUACGAGCGCAUCAACCAGGACCAGCUCAAGACACGCGACAAGUGUGUGCAGGCGGCGAGGGAGCAUCUCCAAGCGGGUAAAUCAAUUGCCAUCGAUAAUACCAAUGCCGAUCCAGAGACCAGGACUGUUUGGGUAGAGCUUGCCAAGAAAUUCGGCAUCUCUAUCCGUUGUGUGUGGUUCAAAACUCCUCUCCAAGUCUGCGAACACAACAAUGCUGUGCGGGCGCUAAACACGACGUUGAACCCCGAGUCAAGACAGAUCUUACCCAAGAUGGCGUUUACAGGUUUCGCGAGCAGGUUUAAACCGCCGCAGAUGAAGGAGGGUUUCCAGGACAUUACGGAUGUGCAGUUCCAGUUCCGUGGUUCACAGGAUGAGUACAAGAUCUGGGGUCGAUACUGGACGUGAGAAUACAACCCAUGGAGGACAGAAAAGAAUUCAUUCCCCAAUUUAUUCACCUUGGCAUCAUGUCAUCUCCGCAUCACGCGAACUCUUUAUCAUCAGCCGCUCCAAAUCCUCAUGGGGCAGUUGAGGUUCAAAUCGCCUCCGCAAAGCCAUAUUGGGGAAGGCGAAGCGAAAGGCGAGACGAGACGAGUUGACACCGCAAGCGAGGACAAAGUUAUGGGGUUUUGCUCACCGUAUUAGACGGGGCUCCUGGGGUAUACAGGCCCUCAGGGGGCAAGAAAACACCGAGCCUUAAUGUAAGGUGUCAAAAUAAACCUAGCAAAGACUCCCCUAAACUUAGGCUAGAUUUACCUGGGUAUUUUCAUCAUUUAGGGUCAAGGUCCUGAGUUUUCUUUCCUCCCCUAGACAGGGAGUUUAUCUGGCAGCCUGGAGGUAGUGGGUAUCACUCCAGCCAUCUAGAAUGCAGCGAAUGUCAUCCUUACUCGAUAAAUUACUCGACCAACAACCGCCCAACCCACAUGAGCGAGUCUGAAUAGAGGAAUACGCUCCUUGCCAGUGGAGUCCAUCGGUCGUAGAAAAAGAACCGGUCC